CAGCAAUCAUGUAAUAUUGACGAAUUUUAAACCAGUCGCUGACUUGGCUUCCUACUCAUUUCCUCAUGAGCAACGAACACUAAUAUUAAGCUCCAGGCCCUGAGGGGGAGAUGACAAAGGAGGAUGUUUCAGAGGCUGUCGAGGUGGACACAGUCCUGGGCUACAACAGUAGGCUAUCUUCCCAUCAGCGAUCAGUGAUCCAUCAGGUGGCUUCUGCACCCAUGCCCUCUGACUAUGAGUUCUCCUUCUUUGACCCCAGUGAGCUUCAGUGCAAGGAGGUUCUUCUGGAUCCCAGUACCACAAUACCAGAGCUGUUUGCUGUCCUCAGGCAGUGGGUGCCACAGGUGCAGAAGAACAUUGACCUAAUUGGCACAGAGAUCCUAAAGAGAGGCUGUGGUGUGAAUGAUCGUGAUGGACUGACAGAUAUGAGUCUUCUGCACUACUGCUGUAAGGCAGGGGCCCCGGGCAUUGGUGAUGCAGACAUAGCAGCCAGCUUUGCCCGUAAUCUCAUCGGCCUGGGUGCUGACCCUAACCUGCGCUCACGCUGGACUAACAUGCGGGCCCUGCACUACGCUGCAUACUUCGAUGUGCCCCAGCUUAUCCGGGUGGUGCUGCAGGCAUCCCAGCCUGGAGAGGUAGAUGCCACCUGCAGUGACUUUGAUUUUGGCACCGCCCUGCAUAUUGCUGCAUCCAACCUGUGCGCAUCAGCUGUCAAAUGUCUCUUGGAGCUUGGAGCCAACCCUGCUUUCAGAAAUGAAAAAGGACUGUGUGCCGUAGACGUGGUGCCUGACCCCCUUGACAUGUCUGUGGAGAUGGCAGAUGCAGCUACUGUGGCCAAAGAGCUCCGAACUUUGCUGAGAGAGGCUUUACCCAGACCCGUCUCCCCUCUGCCCCUCACUCUGCAUGCCCAGUCCACUCCCACACUCUCUGAUAAGGCGAGGAUACAGCUUUCUACCAUGGGAAUCCAUCUAGGCGAUCGUGUGGUGAUAGCUGGACAGAAGGUUGGGACUCUACGAUUCUGUGGCAGCACUGACUUCUCUGCAGGCCUCUGGGCUGGAGUGGAGCUGGACAAACCAGAGGGGAAGAACAAUGGCUCGGUAGCAGGGAUUCAGUAUUUUACCUGUCGAAUCAAACAUGGAAUUUUUGCACCCCUUUCCAAGAUAAGCAAACCUUUGGAAAGACACAAAACCAGCACCAUAAGGACGUCUACACCCGUUCGCCCCCCUCGUCGCAUUGACCAGUCCCGCAUCACAUCCAAGAUACACACAGGUGUUCUCUGCCGCUCUCUCUCCUCGUCAUCCUCGUCACUCGACUCUCGCCAUGGGCCAGUUGCUCGACCUCGUCCACUACCAAGGCAGCGCCUUCCUGCCAGGCAGAGAAGGGAGCGUGUUCCCCUGAGUCCCAGGACCACACCCUCACCAGCGCUACAUUCUGUUUCUGACACUACUGUGCUGAGAGCUGCUGGUAUUCGUAGCCGAAAUCCUUCAGCCAGCAGCUCUUUGUGUGAGAGUCCUGAGGUGCAUCUGGGGGAGAGGGUGCUGGUGGUGGGCAAGAGAACUGGGAUAGUCCAGUUUUAUGGAAAGACCAACUUUGCUCCAGGGCUCUGGUUGGGCAUCGAACUGGACAAGCCAAGUGGAAAGAAUGAUGGAUCAGUGGGAGGAGUGAGGUACUUCAGCUGCCCACCAAAACAUGGUGUUUUUGCUCCUCCAUCUCGUGUUCAAAGGAUCCACGGCUCAGUCGAUUGUCUUUCAGAGCUCUCUUCUUCACGCCUCAGUCAUCCUCUCAGCGGGACGAUCCGUCGGAGUUCGAGCACGUCGUUGUCCGUGGCCGCGCCAAAAGACACAAGCAGACGUCGUCCUGUUACCAGGAGUCGUUCCAACCCACACCGCCGGCGCUGGAGCACACUCAGUGGUAGUAGUAGUGGUGUUUCUGGGCACGUGGCAGGGUCCAGCCCCUCCGGCUCUGAUGGACAGGUCCGCCUCCACGUAGGCAUGCAGGUACUGCUGACCAGUGCCAACGAGAUGGCGUCCAUCCGUUACCUGGGUACAGCAGACUUUGCCCCGGGCCUCUGGCUGGGUCUGGAGCUCCGAAGCCCCAAAGGAAAAAAUGACGGCUCUGUGGGCGACCGCCGCUACUUCACCUGUCGACCUGGCCAUGGCGUGCUGGUUCGUCCCAGUCGCGUUACCUAUCGUGGCAUCAAUGGCUCGUGCUUGGUGAAGGAAAACAGCUGAGGAUUGUGGGAAAUGGAGCGGAUUGAUUUGCAGGAAAACUUGACUUUUUCUGUAUACAUUUGAUGACAAAGAAAAGUUUUAAUUUCUGUUUUGAACAGCGCUUCAUUCGAUUUCCUCAAUCCAGCCUGAGUUAGUAUGAUGGACAGACUAAUGGAUAGAAUUCCAACUACUGCAUUAGUUCUUGGAGAAUUGUCAAA